GACACUUAAUGACAGUUGUCAUAAACCUGCUUCGUAUUCAUGACGUGUCAUGUCAUGACUAUGAAAGUCUCAUGUCAGUGCACACCCCUUCAAGUAAAGUGUUACACAACUUUUUUCUAGUGAUAAAGUAUGUUUAUAAGCUCUUUAAAUCAUAAAAUGAUGGGAACCCCUUAAAGGAUAUAUGAAGAACCUGACAGAGCCCUAUAAAGAAACUUUACUUCUAACAAUCUUCUCAUAUUAUUGGUAAGUUUUUAUUGAAAAUUGUUCAAUCUUGGUGUCUGUUCAAUUCUCAGUCUGUCAUUUAUUAGCGUAGUCCCAAAAUGAGAAGGUUAUGAGUUUAUCUGAGCGAGCGUGCCGCUUGUGAAAUCCUUUUAACUGAUCUACACAUAUGGAACCACAUUCCCCAUACCCUACUCUUGAGAAUUAGCUAAAUAACUUUUGGGAUAUCUUGGCAUAACCCUGAUGGUUCAUGUCGAAGGAGGGUUUAAUAACUUAAAGAUACCCAGGUGUGCAUGUGAUAAUAAGCAUUUUGUUAACUGGCGGAUUAGCUUAUGUUUUCUCUCACUUUUUAUGUGAAUUUCUGAAGGAAAAAUGAUCUUGUUUUUACAACAUAAUUAGAAUAAUCAUGUGUGGUUAAGAAAAUAGAUGGGGUUUAUGGUAAGAAAAUGUCAAAUGAAGAAAGGCCCAUGACACUGCUGCUGUGCUGCUCCAUUUGUUUUGCUUUGUGUUUUUGUUCUAGAUGUGGCUGCAAACUAUAGUUUUCCACUUACUCUCUUCAUGACAUUUAUAAGCUCUAAUUGUGUACAGCAUGUUCUUACAGUACUUAAAGGGUUUAACACAGAUGUACAUAAACAAUUGAAGACCAGGGAAGAAGCAGUCCAUCCUGACAGUAGCUGUUGAAGACAUACAAAACAAGUAAGGUGGCCGUUCUCCCUAACAUCUCCUUUUGUGAUCAGCAGAAGAAAGUAACGACACAUGAGGGUGGGAGUUUGGUGGUGGCCGAGGAGUUGGAUCAGAGCAAUGCCAGCCAUGCCAUCAGUCACAAACGCACCAUGUCACAGGAAACGCUGGCAGGUGCUUGCAUGGGUUGUGAUGUCUCUACUGCCCCUAGUGGCAGGAGGCAGGUCGCGUUCUCGAGCAGAGUCCGAAGUUGCGGUGGGAUUUACUGGUACUGGGGUUGGGGUGGAGGAGCCGCCUUUGGAGCCUUUUCCAAACGUUGAGGAAGAGCUUGAGGAGGGCAGUGACUCCCCGUGGCACGGCCUGUUUGAGCCAUCUGUUCUUGUCGAGGACGACCAGCAGCCAGCGCGAUGGGAGCGCUCCCCCCGCUCACCGGAUACCUCUGAUAUACAGACCAAAGGAGUGCGCAAGAAAAAGAAGAAAAAAGAGAAGGAGGAGAAGAAAAAGAAAGAGAAGAGCAGCAGGGGACGGCACAGCAGUCGGGACUGUCGCGUGGAGAAACGCGAGAUGCGCGUACGGGACCUGGGCAUGGGCUUCGACUCGGACGAGAUUGUCCUCUUCAAGUUCUGCGUCGGCUCCUGCCAGAGGUCUCGUGGGAAUUACGACUUGGCUCUGCGCACUCUGCUGUCCAACGGCAGUCUGCCCAAGCGCACCGCUAGGAAGAUUAGCGCACACCCUUGCUGCCGCCCCACGGGCUACGAACCGGUCUCCUUCAUGGAUGCCGCCACAACCUGGCGAACCAUCAAGUCCCUCUCCGCUGCGGACUGUGAGUGCGUGGGAUGAGGAGAGCUGAGUGAGGGGAGGGGGAGCGUGACCUGGAGAAAUUGUGCAAUGGUCAAAGAGAAGAAAGGAGGAAUCGGAAAGCCUCCUGGGCCGCGGCUACAGAACGAGGUCGGGCGGGUUGGCCGUGGUGAAGGGAAUUUGGUUUGGCUGUAAGUGAUUCAGAACAGCGUGUUCUCGACAGCCCAAGCCUCAACAGAAUAGCUUGAAUGGUGGUAGAAUAUGAUUAGACCAUGUCGACAAGAGACUCAACGUAGAGAGAGUUUGCGGACGGAACUGCAACUUUGGAUCGUCCAUUUGAAUGGCUCUAUAAACAAAAAAUACAUGUUAUAACUCAACGGGCAUUUGCUUACUAGGAGUUUCAUCAGACUUGGAUACAGAAUGAAACCCUGUUUCAUUUGUCAGACUCAUUUGUUGAUCCUGGAUGUCAGUGCCCAUUUUCCUGGCCUUCAGUCUGGCAUGUAAUAUUUCAAGCAGAUUAGCAACGUUUGGACCGUUCAUUAACAGCACAUUAAUGGUGUAAUCUCAAUGUAAUUGCACAAACAUAUGCAGAGUAUUAUUAAAAGUUGAGCCCAUUGAAAACACACAGGCCAGUUAGUAUUACCCUUUCAGCUGGAAGUGCUGAAGGUUGAUUGUAUUUGUAGUAGGAUUUCCAUUUCUCAGGAUUUUUACAGGACUGAUAUUUUUCUAUCUUACAUUUUUAAUACCAUAAAUAAAGUGAGAGGUAUUAAAAGGGUUCGUGUUCCAUAAGGCCAGGUUUUAAUAUAGAAAGUUGAUGAAAUAUAAAGUGAAUAAAAACUAAAAAUACAAAAUAAUAUUUGAUGCUUAACCAAUAGGGGCUGUCUAGUCCAGUAGUACAAUGAAAAGUUUUUUAUAUGAUUUAUUUAUGAUGAUGGUACAUCAAAUACUAAUAUAACAAGCAGGAUAUAUAAAUAUUAUUAUUAAGAUACAUUAGGGGAGCAUUACAUACGUCUAAAUUGUUAAACUAUGUGAAAGGAUAGUUGGAUGCAGCUAUACUGAGCUAAAAGUCAGUUCUUGAUACAUCUUACCUGACAUUUUUAGGAUUUAUGUUUAUAUGUAGUAAUAAAAUGACAUUGAUUGCACCGCAGAGUGUGAUGUCUACCAGACUGUGCUUUAGCAGGCUCAUUAGCGCUCUCUUUUAUCAACACGGAUGAUGACCACAAUGCAUUUGUCAUUGUUUAUCUUUUUGUUACCAAAUGGAUGCCAUGCAUCCCUUAACAUUUACUGUACACCUAACAGAUAUCAUAUUUAUUUUUUCAUUUAAGUUAUUUAUUUAUUACUAUGUCUACACAUGUGUCUUGUGGAUGUUUAUAUUUAUUGUUUAUACCUUGGCCUGUGUUCUUCAAUCCCUGUCAUCUCGUGAUGAACCAGCGUGGAUAACAACUUUGAAAAAAAAGUCAGCUGCAAAAUAUCACGGUUGCGGAAAAACUGAGCUAUUUAACCCAAUGUUUUCAUGGAGUAGGAAGAACUUGUAGAUAACUUUGUCAUGAUCUGUUGAGUGAUUUCAUCAGGUGCUUUUUUGUGUCCUCCAAGGGUUAUAAAACUCUCAGAGCACUUACUGGGAAGUCUCAGAUUCAAUUUAUGAAAAGGAAAUUAAAAUAGUUUUCUUCCAAAACACUAAGGAUACGGGGGGGAUGGAUUGUGUUCCGACGAGUCCAUCUGUCCUCCCAAUCUGCUGACCUUAAGAGUCUUGAUUUUGUAUUCAGUUUCAAUAUUAAAAGCUGCUCCAAAAAAAUAUUGUUUUAAAAAGCUGAUGAUAACAAUAAAUGACUUUGCUUCAGUAUUUUACAUGUUUUAUUUAUCAAUUAUAAUUGUUGUUGGCAAAGUUACUCUUUAUUUUUGUACUUCAUAUUUUCUGUAUAGGAAUAAAGCUGUUUAUACAUAAUGUGAA